AUGGAACAAUCGCUAGAAGAAGAUCGACGUAGGGAGGAGGAGGAAGCCGCGGCGCGUCAAAAGCGAACCCGGAAAUACAUCCAUCGUGACAGGGAGCAAGCCGCCGCAAGGUUGGUACGCGAUUACUUCUCUAACAACCCGAGAUGGGAUGAUACCUACUUCCGUCGUCGUUUCCGUAUGUCACGCCCGCUAUUUUUGCAUAUCGCAAAUACAUUGGCGGCCCGGGAAGAGUACUUCCAAGAAGGUUUCGACGCUACUGGCCGUCCCAGUCACACGACGCUCCAGAAAUGUACUGCAGCAAUCCGUCAGCUUGCUACUGGACAAACGACGGAUUUGUUCGACGAAUACCUACACGUCGGAGAAACCACUGGGAGACUUUGUUUGAUGAACUUCUGCAAAAGCGUCCGAGCAGCCUUCACCGACGAAUUUCUGAAGAAGCCAAACACCGCGGAUUGCCAGUUUCUGCUCCAACUUCACGAACAAGCACACGGGUUUCCCGGGAUGCUCGGGAGCGUCGAUUGCAUGCAUUGGCAAUGGAAGAAUUACCCAACGGCGUUGAGAGGGUCAUACACGAGCGGCCACAAAGGACCUCAGGCGGGAAAUUGGUUCGACCAUGAGACCGCGGGAAGCUCUACCGCAAGUAGUCCGCCUCGCAGUGGAUUGCAUCCGUCUUUGGAAGAGCGGAUGUGUAUUCGGGCUAGGACACAUGAUUCUACCGCCCACGGCCAACUUCAGGAGGAUCUAAUGGAGCACAUUUGGGCAAAAUUUGGCAACGAGUAG